AUGGACGAUAACAACCAAGCCACCACUCUGAGCAAUGAUCCUGCCGUUAACGCACCCGAUACCGCGACAUUGGGCAGGGACAAGGGCAAGGCUACGCAGGAUCCUGCUCCAACGGAUACGAGCAUGGACGAAGGUGAAAGCGAUGAGAGUGAAAAUGAAGACAUUGUAAAAGAAGAUGAGGAUGGCGGAGAUGACCUCGCGCCAAUCGAUUCCUCUAACAUCAUUAGCGGGCGAAGGACACGUGGAAAGACCAUUGACUUCGUAGACGCCGCGCAAAAGCUCAAGGAUGAUGAGGGUGAGGAUGAUGAAGAUGAUGAGGACUUUGAACCUUGA